AUGGCAGUGUGGUUCCAGGCUGGUGCUUUGCUGUUCCUGUUGGCUGUCUCUAGUGUCAACGCUAGUGGAGAAACUCAUAAGCCUCUGUGUGGAUCUGACCUGGUUGAAGUGAUCAUCCUGGUCUGUGGUCAAAAAAGCUCUUACCCCAAGAGAGAUGUUGAUCUCCUCCUGGGUUUCCUUCCUCCUCAAUCUGGCCAGGAAAAUGAGGUGGCUGACUUCGUAUUUAAAGAUCAUGCUGAGCUGAUAAGGAAGAGAGGCAUUGUAGAGCAGUGUUGA